UAAAUUAUUAACUUUAAUAUUUCAGAAAGAUGAGUUCUACUCCGACCCUGCUCCGGGUUAAGCGACGAAUAACCGAGGACCCGACGGACAUAUUCGUUCUCUCCGCCAAGCGUCUUAAAUCCAGCUCUGAGGAUGGAACGGUUAAGAUGUUAAAGUUGGCAGGAACUGUGGAGCAAGGAGAUGAAGAUAAGCUGAACCAAACUUUGUCUAGAAUCAUCAAUAAAAAAAAUGUUCCCAAUUUUGCCGAAUUAAAGAACAAGUAUAAGCAGAGUACGAAGGAGAAAAGUAGUACGGAGAACAGAACUAAAGAGAAGGAAAAGGAGAGGAAUAAUGAUAGAUAUAGAGUUGUUAACACUAACAGAGCAAUCAGGAUUGAAGAGCUUGAAGCCUGGUCUGAGGAAAACAGUGAUAAAUCUCCGGAUCAAGAGGAACCUUUAUAUCAUCUUUACGAUAUAGUUCAACAUCAGGAUGAAGAGAAGGAGGCUGCAGGUGGAGAGAAGCUGAGCUGUAAUGGUGUUGAGAUGAUCCGUGAGUAUGUAUCUAAGAGUUCUGAUGAGAACUAUGUGUACGACGUAUACUAUGCUGAGGGGGAUGCUCUGGCAGAUUUUGAUGAUUCUCUACUGGAUGGAUUAGUGUCUCUUCAACCUUUCAAUUCAGGAACAGAGUUUAUGUAUGAUGAGUAUAGAGAUAAUCCUAUGGAGGAUCGGUAUGAUGACGACGAGGACAGUAAUGACGAGGACAACGAGGCCAACGAUUACCCUGAAGAGGAAGAUGAGGACGAGGAUGAUUAUGAAAGAAGUUUCGGAGAUUACUCUGAGAACCUGGAUGUCCGUGUCCGGAGCCUGCACAUGAGAGCGGAGGAGGAGGAGGAUCUCAGCUCCGAGGACGAGGAUAAACUUCUCUAUACACAAGCAUUUGAGGAGGACGCGUCCCGACACGGAAGUAGUUAUGCAAGGUUCAAACAGAGGAUGAUGAAGGAGUUCCAAGAGGAGGAUUUGUUAGAGGACUCAGAAAAGGACGAGGAUAGUGAUAGUUUUGAUUAUUUGUAAUCAUAAAAUAGUUUUUUCUUAUCUCGAUAAAUCAAAUUAAUCUUCGGAAAAAUACACAAAUCAAUAACUGAAUAUUAUGCAAGGUCAAUUUGUCAUAAAACAGAGUGUCUAAUUGUUAUUUUUUAAAUAUUCUGUACACAAAACUUAUUUUCUUAAAUUAUGGUCGCUUGUCAACACUUUAGAGCCAGUACUAUGUUAAAUGUCUAUGCAAUAUGCCAUCCAUUACUAUUCAGUUUUUUAAACAUGAAUUUUAAACUAAUUUUUGAUUCCUAAUCUUUUAAAUCUAACCUGACCCUGCAGUUAAUCUUGAAACAACAUAAUCCGGAAUAUCUCCGACAUAAUCCAGAAUAUCUCCGACAUAAGCCGGAAUAUAUCUGAAAAAUCUCCGACAUAUUCCGGAAUAUCUCAGACAUAAUCCGAAAUAUCUCCGACAUAACCCGAAAUAUCUACGACAUAAUCCAGAAUAUCGCCGACAUAACCCAGAAUAUUUCCAAUAUUUCAGAA